GUUUGAGAACCACUGAUCUAGACCCCAUCAUUUUGGACAGGGCCUGGCCCUGGUAGCACAGGUCAGAACCAAACAGCUAGAGAACAGAACAGAAGAGAAGGGACAUCAUCAAGUGGGCAGUGGUCUUUGAAACUGUAAUGCCUCAUGCACCGAGAGGAUUUUUGAGUAGCUUCCUGAAGGAGAGAGAGGUUCCAACCCAGAGACUGGGAAUCCAGACUGCACUGGGAGCUAAGCAGAAGCUGAGGAAGAAAUAAUAUCUGAUUGACCUAGGGUUCCAGAAGCUGUAAUACCGUUUCAUUUAUCCUCUUCAGGCGAGACUCUGUCCUGGAGGCUGAUCUCAAGGACACUCUUGGCGGAUUCCCUGAGGGUUUCCCUUUGCUUCAGCUGUUAGCCUCUGUGCUUCCCCUGAUCAUUCCUGAAAAUGGACCGAUCCACACAAGAGCUUUUCCUCAACUUCAUGAUUGUCCUCAUAACUGUGCUCCUCAUGUGGAUUCUGGUGAAAUCUUAUCAGGAGUAAAAGACUGUGCCAUAUGCCAUGAAUGAGUUUAAGUUUGUGUCUGCAGAAGUAUGUGACAUCUGUACACCUGUGUGAUUAGCUUCAUGUAGCUCUAGAAUGUAAUCUUUUUUACUCUAAAACACCUGUUGCCUGAGAUAAUCUGUAUGUUUUUCAUGGGUCUAUGAUGAUGUAAUUAUUUUAUUCUUUGGCAAUCCAGCUGACAUGUACAAGGCAAGAUCCGCAGUAGUUGUUACAUAUGAUUGUCCCUCCAACAGUUACUGUCUCCAUAAAGUGAGACAAAA